AUGAGCAAUAACAGCAGCAACAAGGAAGCGCCGUCGGAGUCAGUUCCUGGCAUUGAUUCACCGCCCACAGGAGAAGAGUGCGAGGAGAUUGAGAAGCCAAGCAGCACAGGAGAGCCGCCAAAAGACAAUGAGGAACCCGAGAGCUUGACUAAGGCGGAAGCCUUCUUGCUUAUCGUUUCCAUAUGCAUUCCCACAUUCAUUGCGGCCCUUGAACAGACCAUCGUAUCUACCGCAGUCCCAACCAUAGCUAAAUCCUUCGAUGCCACUCCAGUUGAAUACGCCUGGAUCGGAACGGCCUACUUGCUUCCCGUUGCUGCUUCGGCUCCCCCGUGGGGUGCGCUUAGCGACAUCUUUGGCCGGAAGCCAGCACUGCUCGGAGCCAUCUUCGUCUUCUUCAUCGGUUCCCUCAUCGGCGCAGUUGCCCCUAACAUACAUGCCGUCCUUGCCGGACGAGUGAUUCAGGGUACAGGCGGUGGUGGAAUAUUGGGCUUGUCAGCGACAGUCGUUGGUGAUGCAUUCAGUCCCCGUGAACGAAGCAAGUAUUACGGCGUAAUUGGUGUCAUUUGGGGUUUGGCCUGCGGGAUUGGUCCCAUAAUUGGUGGAGCCUUCGCCCAGUUCGUCAGUUGGAGAUGGUGUUUCUGGAUUAAUCUCCCCGUUGCUGGUGUUGCCGCUGUAUGCGUCUUCUUCUUCCUCAAGGUCCACACACCUAGAACACCCAUCAUCCAGGGGUUGCUCGCAAUGGAUUGGCUCGGCACGCUCUUGCUGGUCUGCGCAACCGUGAUGUUCUUACUAGGACUGGGCUAUGGUGGCGGUGCAUACCCUUGGGACUCGGCCAUCGUCAUCUGCCUCAUAGUCUUUGGGGUGGUGACGCUCGGCGUAUUUGUUGUGGUCGAAUGGAAGGUGGCCAAAUAUCCCAUCGUUCCAAUGAGACUUUUCCAGUCCAUCUCCAACGUCAGCGUUUUUGGUAUCGCAUAUUUACACGGGGCCAUAUUUAUCGCCAACCUUUACUAUCUUCCUCUGUACUUCCUGAGCGUCCUCGGUGCCACUCCCAUCCUCUCUGGAGUCUAUCUACUUCCAGUAGCAAUCACCUUGUGCGUUUUGUCAAGCUUGAGCGGAUACUACAUUAGCAAGUCGGGCCGAUACAGACCACCUAUCUACAUCGGCUUGAUAGUAAUGCUUUUGGGAACUGGUCUCUACAUUGACCUCAAGCCUUCUCCAUCCUGGUCACGAAUCAUUAUCUACCAGAUCGUAUCUGGGCUCGGACUCGGGCCUGUCUUCCAGGCUCCAAUAAUGGCCAUAUUCACUCUCACAAAACCUGCAGAUAUCGCGGCCGCAACAACGACACUCCUCUUCAUUCGUGACAUCGCAACUGCCAUGUCGAUCGUCUUUGGAGGCGUUAUCUUUCAAAACCGCAUAUCACAGCAGUCGGGCAAGAUCACUGCCGCCUUCCCACCCGAAAUAGCCGAAUAGAUAAUCCGUGGGGAGGCAUCGAGUGCGCUAACUCUAAUCCCAACUUUGCCCGAUGACCAGAGACGCGUCAUCGAUGAGGUGUAUACUUCGAGCAUACGCACUGAAUGGAUAUUCUACACUGCACUUGCUGGUGUAGCACUGCU